AUGGUAGAAGUUAAAUUCGCGAGAGCGUUUCUCGGUGCUCUGUUGUCCUCCUUUUUGGCAGUGACAGCGGCCGAGCAGCCUCCGGUCAAUUCCCGAGCAACUGUUUGUCCUUAUGAUCGUACCAUUACCGGUUACACUACCAUCAAAGAUAUCAACGAUGAUCAGGUUGCCGAAUUGGAAAGGAUCAUAGCGGGAGAACUAGAGCCCAGACCUCCCUACAGUUUUGUACUCUGUCCCAACACAGUAUUUGAUGUUUCCUCGGCGCCUAUUGACAUUCUUCUCAGUGGUACCGUCAUCUCAUGUGGAGAUGACAUGAAACCAACCAGUAGCAUGCGAUGCAACUUGAGAGGAGGAAUGUCUCAAAUUGUCAUGUCUGAUUUGUCCACUCCAAACUACCAGCUGCAGAGAGCUACUGUCAUUGGUGUUACGUUCGAGCAGUUUAACGGAACGGCGAUUGACAUUCGGGCAACGGAACUUUUGACAGUCACAUUGAUGGACGUUGUAUGGAAGAACUUUUACUCCGAUUUUGUCGUUGCGCAACAGGGAGGAACGGAUGGAAAGCCACCUGCUCGUGUGGAUGUCAAAGGAGGCGUUCUGAUUAAUGGCUUUGGUGGAUCCUUGUUUUCCAAUGACGGUGGAGUCCUUGCGAUUGAUCAACUCACGGUGUCAAAUGUGACUUGUGCAGGGCUUGUUUCGGUGUCGAAUGGAGGAGUUGGUAUGAUGCAAUCUUCUACUGUGUCCAGAAGUGUAAUUGAUACUGUUGGUGCUGCCAUGGUGGGCAGUACGCUGAGUGUGUUCAAUGUGGAAGUUUACGAAAUGAUCUACACCUACAGAGCCUUUCAUGUACAGAACGCUGGAAGUAAGCUGCUUCUCAACAGAACCAAGAUCAGAGAUUUCAAGCAGGCAAAUAUUUGGAAUGGUGUGGUGGCCGAGGAUUCGGCAACUGCCAUUCUGGACAGGGUCGAGUUCAACAACAAUAAGAAGUUUGAGAACCUUGUUCAUGCACGCACCUCCGCCACGGUCGACAUUGUCGAUUCUUCAUUCGAUAGCAACGUCGGAAGAAACCCAGCAAGUGUUAGCAGCGCAAUUUUCGCGCUGAUGAACGCUGUGGUGAACUUGAGAAGGUCCAGGUUUGCUGAUAACACAAAGCUUACCUCACUGGUUUUUUCAUACAUGAGAUCUACCGUGAUCAUGGAGCAAUCUUGCUUUUUUGGCGGAUCGGCGGAACAAUUGGCGUUUGCAAGCAGUGACUCUGCUAUUCUACCUGUCCAAAACUUCGUUGCCAACACGGUCGUUACGACGACUUGCCCUGGAGCAGGCAUCAGGUUGACCACUGAACAAAUGGGUUCACAAUGCUAUCAGGAGGGUGGAACAUGUAUCAAGACCUGCAGUCUCCUUGCUGACCAAGGAUCUUGUGUGGCAAAUGCCGCGAGACUGUCCAACCCCUUGGGAAAGAACGGCACGGACGCAAAUGCCACUGCGGCUGCAGGUGGUAUGACGAUGACUACCGUGGCUCCCAGUGCUGGUGCUGGUGCGGCAGCCGAUGCAGGUGCUGAAGCCGGAGCCGGUGCUGGUGUUAAUGGCACGGAUGGUACGGGUGGCAACGCGACUACGGCCCCGUCUGGCGAGGGUGAAGGAGAUGGCGGAACUGUUGCCCCAACCGAAGCGGAGACGGAUGAACCCGAAGACAUGGUUCGUAUCUACGUCGCCUGGUCGGUUCGUAAUAAUAUGGAUAUUGCUGAUCCCCUCGAGGUGAAUGCCAGUGGAAUGGGCGAUGCGUUCCCCGUAUUUGUGGAAGGAGUUGUGGAGAAGCUGACAGCGGAAGCAACGCGCCAGUUGAUGGAGGCGCACGGCCGUCGCCUUGAAGUAGUCCUCGUGGAAGAUUCAGCCGUCGUCUACGAUGUCAUUCGCGUUGGGUGUAGCUUUGAAAACAGAACAACGAACAUGACAGACACCGAGUUCACCACUUGCCACGAAGCAAUGGGAAGGUAUGAUUUGAUGAUUACCCCGGAUGAAGAUCCAGUCGCCGUCAGGACAUUGUAUACACGAGAAACGCGCAGUGGCAUCGACGAUGGAACAUUCCAAGAUGUGCUGUUGCAAGUAGAGCCGGAAUCACCUCUCUUGCUUGGCCCCUCCAUUGAUGCCAGGCCCCCUGAAGAGACACCGGAACCAACUUCAAUAGGGAUUCCCACAAUGCCCGGCCCAGCUGGACCUCCUUCGACACUCUUCCCAACCAUAACCAAGCCCACGUGCGCGCCUGGGACAGGAGCAAGGUCAAAGAGCAAGAGCAGCAGCAAGGCAAAGGGAAGCAAAGCAAGCAAGGGAAGCAAAGGAGUCAAGAAGAAAGGAUCAGGAAAGAUGAUGCGAAAGCAUAGCAAGGGACGGAGAGGAAGGAACCUCAUUGGCCACGAGGACGAAGAAACAGCAGAUGGAGCAGAGGGACCGCACCUCAGCUUUGCCCACGUGCUAAAGGACCACGACGAGGGAGAGUACUAUUCCGUCACCGAACACGCGGAGGAACAAGAAGGAGGGUUCUUGAGUGGAAUUGAAGACAGCAAGGGCGGAUACGGAUACGAAGAGGAAGAAGUGGAAGUUGACAUUGAGAUUGACAUUGAGGAGGAAGAAGAAAUCGACGAAGAAUGUGAAGAACCGGAUUACUACUACACCAGUGCAAAGGGAAGUAGCAGGAAGGCUGGAAAGAGGUCGAAAGGAGAGAAAGAAACAGCUGACUACCACGAGGAGCACGAGGAGCAUGAAGAACAUCAUGACCACGAGCACCAUGCACACCCUCAUACGCAUGAUCGCAAGUUAGAACAUCGCGACGAAGACCGCCACUUGCGAGAUGAUCAUUUGCCCCGAAUACAUCACGGAGUCCACAAACAGCGAAUAAGUGACCUUCACGCCGAGGUGGCGGCGGAGCUAGAGAGCGACGAGCGCCAACAGCAGGAAGGACAAGAAGAAGAGUCCGGCCUGUAG